AUGAACCCCAACGCUCCUAGCUUCGGCUUCAACCCCAACGCCUCGGGCUUCGUGCCCGGCCAGCCUCAGCAGGGUGGCCAGCAGCAACAGCAGGGCGGCUACUACCAGCAGGGCUUCAGCCAGCAGGGCCAGCAGCAGGGUUUCACCGGCGGCUACCCCAACCAGCAGUACCAGCAGUACCAGCAAUACCAGCAGCAGCCCUACGGUGCCGGCUACGCCCAGCAGGGCUUCAACCAGCAGGGCUUCAACAACCAGUACGCCCAGCAGGGUUUCGGCGGCCUCCCCGCCCGCCCUGCCGCUUCCGGCUCCUACCAGCCUCCCGCCGCUCGCUCCACACCUCCCGCUGCCGCCGGCGCUGCUGAUGCUGCGCCGCGCAAGCCCGUCAGCAUCUCCAUCGGCGGUGGCGCCAAGCCCGCGCCUGCUGCCGCUGAUAAGUCGGACGCGCCUCGCAAGCCCGUCAGCAUCUCCAUCGGUGGCGGCGCCAAGCCCGCUGCUGCGCCGGCUGCGGCUGCUGCAGCUGACAAGGCAGAGGCACCUCGCAAGCCUGUGAGCAUCUCCAUCGGCGGCGCGGCCAAGAAGCCCGAGGCGGACAACGCGCCUGCACCUGCCGCAGACACUGCCAAGCCCGCAGCGCAGCCCGCUGCGCAACCCGCCGCCGUCGCUGCGGUCAAGGCGACCGAAGCGCCUGCGCCCGCAUCCAGCAACGCAUCGGCGCCCUCGUCGCGCGCCGAGUCGCCCGCCCCGGCCGCCAAGUCCGAGGCCAAGGUGGCGUCGCUCUCGGGCAAGGUGGCCACCGAGCGUGCGGCCAACGACGCCGACCAGAUUCUCGCCGAGGCAACCAAGGUGACCGACGAGGAGACGCUCAAGGACCUCUUUGGCGACAAGAGCGACGAGCUCAAGUCGCAUCUCAACAUCGUCUUCAUCGGCCACGUCGACGCGGGCAAGUCGACCAUGGGCGGCAACCUGCUCUACCUCACCGGCAUGGUCGACAAGCGCACGCUCGAAAAGUACGAGCGCGAGGCCAAGGAGGCGGGCCGAGAGUCGUGGUACCUCUCCUGGGCGCUCGACUCGACGCAGCAGGAGCGCGAGAAGGGCAAGACCGUCGAGGUCGGCCGCGCCUACUUUGAGACGGGCAAGCGUCGCUACACCAUCCUCGAUGCGCCCGGACACAAGUCGUUUGUGCCGCACAUGAUCAGCGGUGCGGCGCAGGCCGACGUCGCCGUGCUCGUCAUCUCGGCGCGCAAGGGCGAGUUCGAGACGGGCUUCGAGCGCGGCGGACAGACGCGCGAGCACGCCGUGCUCGUCAAGACCGCCGGCGUGCAGCGCCUCAUCGUCGUCGUCAACAAGAUGGACGAGGCUACGGUGCAGUGGGAGCAGUCGCGCUACGACGAGAUCCAGUCCAAGCUCACGCCCUUCCUGCGCUCCGCCGGCUUCAACCCCAAGACCGACAUCACCUACAUCCCCGUCUCGGCGUUUGCGGGUCACAACCUCAAGGAGCGCGUGCCCAAGGACGUGUGCAGCUGGUACAGCGGGCCGUCGCUGCUCGAGUACCUCGACAACCUCGCGCUGGGCGACCGCAAGAUCUCGGCGCCGCUCAAGAUGCCCAUCUCGGAAAAGUACAACGACAUGGGCACCGUCGUCGUCGGCAAGCUCGAGGCGGGCAAGAUCAAGAAGGGCGACACGCUGCUGCUCAUGCCCAACAAGACGUCCGUCGAGGUGGUGGCCAUCUUCAACGAGCAGGAGGAGGAGGUGCCGGCGGCGAUCUCGGGCGACAAUGUGCGCGUCAAGCUCAAGGGUGUCGACCACGAAGACGUGAGCGUGGGCUUCGUGCUUUCGCAUCCGACGCACCCCGUGCACGUGGCUACGCACUUUGAGGCGCAGCUCGCGAUUCUCGAGCACCGCAACAUCAUCUGUGCCGGCUACAGCGCCGUGGUCCACUGCCACACCGUCUCGCAGGAGGCCAACCUGGCGGCGCUGCUGCACUACUACGACAAGAAGACGGGCAAGAAGAGUCGCCGUGGUCCGCAGUUUGCCAAGAAGGGCAUGAAGAUCAUUGCGCUCGUCGAGCUCGCCGCGCCCAUCUGCGUCGAGAGGUUCAAGGACUAUCCGCAGCUCGGACGAUUCACGCUGCGAGACGAAGGGCGCACCGUGGCGAUUGGAAAGGUGACCAAGCUCAUCACCAACCCGGACGAGCUGCCGGAUGUGGCCAAGCUCAGCGUCACCGAAGCCGCCUCGGCCGCGGCAACCAACUAA